AGAAAAUGAGAUAUUGGGAAAAAGGAGAUAUCAGAAAAUGGGAAUGUGGGAAUGUCAGAGAAAAGAAUGAGUCAGAAAAGAGAAUGUUGGGAAAAAAGAAUAUUAGAAAAAAGAAAAUGUUAAAAAAAGGAAAUGGUAUGUUGAGAAAAAAGAUAUGUCGAGAAGAAAUAUAUAUCAGAAAAGAGAAUAUCAGAGAAGUAUUUGUUAGAAAAAGAUAUAUUGAGAAAAAGAAUAUUAGUAGUUAUUGGAAAAAAG